UAAUACAAAUGUUUGAAAGCUUUUAAGCAGACACACUACCAGAUAAUUGGUAAGCGCCUAGUGCACGCAGCGGCCGACGUUGGCUGCCGAAGAGUAGAACUCCGAUGAACGCAAUCCAUCAAGAAAGGGCGAUCAUUUCCCUUAUAAAAUCAUGUACCCGGAAAUGCCAUUUGCUCCAGCUCCACUCCCAACUCCUCCGCUCCUCUCAUUUUUACAACCCCGCCGUCUUCCUCUCCUUUCUCUGUAGUUUCGCUCUACCUCCAUUGCGCGAUUUAUCCUACUCUUGUAGGAUUUUUUCCGAGUUCUCGGAGCCCAAUGUUUCUUUAUACAACACCAUGAUCAGGGCCCAUUCGUUGAGCCGUGAUUCAGCUCGCAACGGCUUUUUGUUUUACCAAGAAUUACUUCGAAAGGGCAUUUCUGCAAACGCUUUGACAUCAACUGCUGCUGUAAAGUGUUGUAUGAAGAUUGAGUCUUUGUUUAGUGGGAUGCAGGUUCAUGCAACGAUUUGGAAAGAUGGGCAUUUGUCUGAUGGCCUUUUGUUGACCACCUUGAUGGAUUUUUAUUCGUGUUUACAGAAGAGUGCGGAGGCCUAUAAGGUGUUUGAUGAUAUGGCUCAUAGAGAUGUUGUUGCUUGGAAUGUGUUGAUUUCCUGUUAUACUCGGAAUGGACGGACUCGCGAUGCAUUGGCCUUGUUCGAUAUGAUGACAGAUUCAAACGGAUGCCAACCUGAUGAUGUCACUUGUUUGCUUGUUCUUCAGGCUUGUGCUAGCUUGAACGCAAUGGAAUUUGGUAAAAAGGUUCAUAACUAUAUUGUGGAAAAGGGUCUUUACAAUGCAAAAAAUGUUUGUAAUUCUCUCAUUGCCAUGUAUUCUCGUUGUGGCUCCAUGGAAAAAGCAUAUGAGGUGUUUAAGCGGAUGGUCAGCAGAGAUGUAGUCUCGUGGAGUGCAAUGAUAUCUGGUUUAGCAAGUAAUGGCUAUGGCAGGGAUGCCAUUGAAGCUUUCAAAGAGAUGCAAAGAGAAGGCAUUUUGCCUGAUGAUCAGACUUUUACUGGAGUUCUAUCAGCUUGUAGCCACUCAGGGCUAGUUGAAGAGGGUCGGAUGCUUUUCAAGUGUAUGAGCAGAGAUUUUGGGGUAACACCAAAUAUUCAUCAUUAUGGUUGUAUGGUCGAUCUCUUGGGACGUGCUGGAUUGCUGGAUGAGGCUUAUGGCCUCAUAAAUUCGAUGAGGAUCAAACCGGAUGCAGCAAUGUGGAGGACACUGCUUGGAGCCUGUAGAAUUCAUCGUCAUGUUGCCCUUGGAGAACAAGUCGUUGAGCAUCUGACAGAGCUCAAGGCUGCGGAAGCAGGAGAUUACAUUCUCUUGUUAAAUAUUUAUUCUUCGACAGGAAACUCGGAGAAGGUCGUACAAGUGAGGAAAAUGAUGAAAGACAAGGGAAUUCAGACAACACCUGCUUCUAGCACUAUCGAGUUGAAAGGACAGGUGCAUGAAUUUUUUGCAGAUGAUAUCUUACAUCCAAGAAAGAAGGAACUUUAUGAAAUGCUUGCGGAGAUUAAUCAGCAACUGAGGAUUGCUGGUUAUGUUGCUGAAAUAAUUCCUGAGGUGCAGAAUAGAGAAGUCAAAACCGAGCCAUGUGUAUUAUCCUACCACAGUGAGAAAUUGGCCAUUGCUUUUGGAGUUCUUGCCACCCCACCCGGCACGACAGUAAGAGUUGCAAAAGAUCUCCGCAUUUGCAUUGACUGCCAUAAUUUUUCCAAGAUUCUAUCUGCAGUUUAUAACCGGAAAGUGGUUAUUAGAGAUCGCAAUCGCUUUCAUCAUUUCCGAGAUGGACGUUGCUCUUGCAACGAUUAUUGGUGAUUUGCUAAGAGAAAUCUCAUGUAUCAUACCUGGGAUGGACAUUUUCUUUUGCAACAAUUAUUGGCGAUGUGCAUAAAGUUUGAGAAAUCUCAUACUACAGCAAAAUAGAGGCAGCUUGAAUCCUCUUGUUCCAAAUUGGUGCACAUGAAUUGGAAUGUUAGAUAGAACAAUAAUUUGAAUUUAGAGUAUUCUGAUUGGAACAGAGGAGGUAAGAGAGCGAUCAGAUUCACAUAUCCUAUGUAGCUGCCGAAGCUCACCAGUCCUUGUCUCUUGAACGAGAAAACAACCCUGUGCUGCGCUGGUGAUUUUCAUGCUGCUUUCAUCCAAUUCAUGGAAUGGCUAGUGCAAUAAUAGAAACAUUUGGCUAUCGGAUGAAGGUCUCAUCAAUGAGCUUUCAAGGUUUUCAGUGGUAAUGGCCCGUGAGAGUUUGAUGACACGAGCGGAGUGCUGAAGCCUGUAGAAUUGAGUUUAACACUUUCAGCUGAAUAGUGAAGUAAAUAGGUAAAAUUGUACUUUUGGUCUCAUGCCGUUCUCACUUUUAGUUCCCGCUUUACGGGAUUGAUAUUUCUACUUUCAAAACUUCUAAAUAUUGACACACGAUUAGUCUUGUGCUGUUAGAUGUUUACGGCAAAGAGUGAUGUAAAUCUUAGAAAUUCUUUCUUGCGACCUAUUGUAAAUAUAUCAAACCGAUAGUUAUAUACGAAUC